AAUACCUUCAGCUUUGCCGCCAUUUUUUCAGCCAUGGCGCUGAGAACGCAGCGGAAGAUGCGCUCGCUGGCAGGCAUCCUCAUGGCACUCUUUGCGCUGAAUGCGCUGUGCUUUGUGUCCGGACGCUCACCAGGCCCUGCGCCGGAUCGCGACCUCCGCAGUGCCAGCCACGCCGUUGCGGAGGCGGAGGAGAUGUCCAAACCCGCGCAGGACGAUGGCCGCGUUCUGGACACCUCCAACCCAGUGGGCUUCGUCGGGGCGCUGGUGGUGAGUCUUGCGGUGCUGCCUUACUUGGUGUUGAGCAUUUACAGUGCCGUGCAGUUGGCGACCACUGGUCAGGCCUUCUUGCCGAUCCUCGAGAAGAACGCGCUGUCGCCGAGCGGAGUCCUGGGGCUUGGCGAAGGGGUGGGCGUGGUGGUGACCUUUGGCGUGGUGCUCUGGAGCGCCCUCUCGGUUGUGCUACGCUUCCGGGGCCUCCCCGAGGGCCCCUUCGGCGUGCUGGGCCUCACACAGACCUUGUCCUACGUGGCUGCAGUGAUCUUUGCGAUCGGGGCCUUUCUCAACGGCCUCGGGGAGGACAAUCCGGUGAAGGGCCUUGAGCUUGCCAAGCUGAACUCCGGGAAGCAGUUGGAGCAAGUGGCAUCCAAGGGCGGCAAGCUGCUGUCCCGAGCCGAGCAGGAGGUGGCGAAGAUCACUGCGGAGCCCCGGGCGGAGCUGGAAGCCAAGCUGAAGGAGGUGGAGGAGAAAGCUGGCGUCGACGUGAAGCUUCCAGACAUCAAGCUUCCUGACGUGAAACUCCCAGACGUCACGCUGCCGAAGAUGCCGGACGUGAAGCUGCCCGAGGUGAAGACUCCGGAUGUCAAGGUGCCUGAGUUCAAAAUGCCGGCGUUCAAGAUGCCAGAGCUGAAACUGCCCAAGGCUGGCCCCGCAUCGGCACCAGCACCGGCAGUCACGGAGGCAGCCCCACCAGCCUCCUCGGUGACACCCACUCCAAAGGCAGCCGAGGGCGACUUGUUCGACUGAGCAUUUGACUCGCCAUCGAGGAUUUGAUGCCAAUGAUUAGGAUGCGGGCACGAUGGCCCUUGAUCCAACGGCGCCGAACUUUAACAUUCACUGGACACUGUGUGAUCCCGGAAGAGAUGUUGAC